CGCGGCCGCGACCGUGGGAUUGUAGAUGCUGCUCAUCGGACCCGCGUCCUCCGGGAAGCCUGCGCUGACCAUUGUGCUCCUCUACCUCCUCUGAGUUCCUAUGCCUUACCUUGUGCCGUCCGAUUAUUGAUUAUGGCAGGAAAAGUGAAAUGGGUCACUGAUAUCGAGAAGUCAGUGUUGAUCAAUAACUUUGAAAAGAGAGGAUGGGUCCAAGUGACGGAAAAUGAAGAUUGGAAUUUUUACUGGAUGAGCGUGCAAACCAUCCGAAACGUGUUCAGCGUUGAAACCGGGUAUCGGCUCUCAGAUGAUCAAAUAGUCAACCAUUUCCCGAACCACUAUGAACUGACCCGGAAGGAUCUCAUGGUGAAGAAUAUUAAAAGAUACAGGAAGGAGCUAGAGAAAGAAGGGAGUCCACUGGCAGAAAAAGAUGAAAAUGGAAAAUACCUCUACCUGGACUUUGUUCCCGUCACCUACAUGCUGCCCGCCGACUACAACCUGUUCGUGGAGGAGUUCAGGAAGAGCCCGUCCAGCACCUGGAUCAUGAAGCCCUGUGGCAAAGCCCAGGGAAAGGGCAUCUUCCUUAUCAACAAGCUCUCGCAGAUCAAAAAGUGGUCUCGGGACAGCAAGACAUCUUCGUUUGUGUCUCAGUCUACUAAAGAAGCCUACGUGAUCUCUCUCUAUAUUAACAACCCGUUACUAAUCGGUGGGAGGAAGUUUGAUCUGCGCUUGUACGUCCUGGUGUCUACGUAUCGCCCGCUGCGCUGUUACAUGUACAAGCUUGGGUUUUGCCGGUUUUGCACAGUCAAGUACACCCCAAGUACCAGCGAGCUGGACAACAUGUUCGUGCAUCUCACCAACGUGGCCAUCCAGAAACACGGGGAGGACUACAACCACAUCCACGGGGGCAAGUGGACUGUGAGCAACCUGCGGCUCUACCUGGAGAGCACCCGUGGCAGGGAGGUGACCAGCAAGCUGUUCGACGAGAUCCACUGGAUUAUCGUGCAGUCCCUCAAGGCUGUGGCGCCACUGUCUCUGCAGCCGGUGAUGAACAACGACAAGCACUGCUUUGAAUGCUACGGCUACGACAUCAUCAUCGACGACAAGCUGAAGCCCUGGCUGAUUGAGGUCAACGCAUCCCCGUCUCUCACCUCCAGCACCGCCAACGAUCGAAUCCUUAAGUAUAACCUGAUUAAUGACACCCUCAACAUCGCGGUCCCUAACGGCGAAAUUCCAGACUGCAAAUGGAACAAGUCCCCCCCAAAGGAAGUUCUUGGCAAUUACGAAAUUCUGUACGACGAGGAACUGGCCCAGGGUGACGGGGCUGACCGAGAGCUGCGGAGUCGUUCGGGCCAGUCGCUGGGGCCCAAAGCGGGUCGAUCGAGAGACUCGGGGAGAACUGUCCUCACAACCUGGAAGUGACACCAACCUGGACAUGUCGAGGCCACUCACUCUGCCUGGGCCCCUGCUGAAGACCUAUUUUGAAAUAUCCUUUUUCUAGAGCUUUUUUCCUUUCCUAAGCCCUGUAAAUAAAUAAAGGCAUGUCUUUGAAAGGU